AUGUCGACAAAUGACGGCACUCGCCCGGACGAGUCUCGAACUACGGAUCCGACAAAAGUGAUCAGCAUUCGCGGCGCCAGAGAGCACAAUCUCAAGGGGGUGGAUCUUGAUUUGCCGCGCGACCGCCUGAUCGUCAUGACCGGUCUGUCCGGAUCGGGCAAGUCGUCUCUCGCCUUUGACACAAUCUACGCCGAAGGGCAACGACGGUACGUGGAGAGCCUGUCGGCCUACGCAAGGCAGUUUCUGGAAAUGAUGCAGAAGCCGGAUGUCGACCAGAUCGACGGACUUUCGCCGGCAAUUUCCAUCGAACAGAAGACGACGUCGCGCAACCCCCGCUCGACCGUGGGGACCGUCACCGAAAUCUAUGACUACAUGAGGCUUCUCUUUGCCCGUGUCGGCAUCCCCUAUUCGCCGGCCACCGGCCUGCCGAUCGAAAGCCAGACGGUGAGUCAGAUGGUCGACCGGGUCAUGGAACUGGAGGAAGGCGCCCGCCUCUAUCUGCUGGCACCCAUGGUACGGGGACGCAAGGGAGAAUAUCGCAAAGAACUUGCCGAACUCAUGAAAAAGGGGUUUCAGCGGGUCAAGAUCGACGGAACGUUCCAUGAAAUUGCGGAAGCUCCUGCCCUCGACAAGAAGUACAAACACGAUAUCGAUGUUGUCGUGGACCGCCUUGUCGUACGCGAUGAUAUCUCAGGCCGGCUGGCAGACUCUCUUGAAACAGCCCUGAAACUUGCCGACGGUAUCGCGAUCGCCGAAUUUGCAGACAAGACGGAUGAAAAGGGCAAUCCGGAACGUCUGAUCUUUUCCGAAAAAUUCGCAUGUCCGGUAUCCGGCUUUACGAUAUCCGAAAUCGAACCGAGGCUGUUUUCGUUCAACAAUCCGUUCGGUGCCUGUCCGACGUGCGACGGCCUGGGAACGACACUUGCCUUCGAAGAAGACCUUGUCGUCCCGGAUCACUCGCUGUCAUUGCGUGAAGGUGCGGUUCUGCCCUGGGCCAAGACGGGGUCCACCUCCCCAUAUUAUGCACAGACCCUGGAAGCGCUUUGCAGCCAUUUCAAGGUCACGAUGUCGACGCCCUGGAAAGACCUGCCCGGAGAGGUUCAGGAUGCGAUCCUGCACGGAACCGGCAAGACACUUGUUGAAUUUGUCUAUGACGACGGCGUGCGCAGUUACCGCACUGAAAAGACCUUUGAGGGCGUGAUCGGCAACAUCGAACGUCGCUGGCGGGAAACGGAAUCUUCCUGGGUCCGCGAAGAACUGGCCAGGUACCAGUCGGACCAUGCCUGCCCGGCCUGUCGCGGUUUCCGUCUGAAACCGGAGGCCCUGGCCGUCAAGAUCGCGGGAAAGCAUAUCGGUGAAGUGACCGAACACUCGAUCCGGCAUGCCAGGGACUGGUUCGAUACGUUGCCCGACCAACUGAAUGAAAAACAGUCGGAAAUUGCCGGACGGAUCCUCAAGGAAAUCCGUGAGCGUUUGAAAUUCCUAAACGAUGUCGGCCUUGAGUAUCUGACACUGUCCCGUUCUUCCGGGACGCUUUCAGGAGGAGAAAGCCAGCGCAUCCGCCUUGCGUCGCAGAUUGGGUCCGGUCUGACGGGUGUCCUUUAUGUCCUCGAUGAACCUUCCAUCGGCCUGCAUCAGCGUGACAAUGCCCGGCUUCUGGAAACACUUAAACAUCUACGGGACCUCGGUAAUACGGUCAUCGUGGUCGAACAUGACGAAGAUGCUGUUCUGACUGCAGACUAUGUCGUCGAUGUCGGUCCGGGUGCCGGCGUGCACGGCGGUGAAGUGGUUGCGAAGGGCAGUCCUGCGGAAAUCAUGGCCAACACAAGGUCGUUGACCGGGGAAUACCUUUCCGGAGCGAGAAUGAUUUCGCGCCCGGACGGCAGACGCAAGAUCAACAAGAAACGGAAACUCUCUGUCCGCGGCGCACGAGGCAACAACCUCAAGGAUAUCGAUGUCGAUGUGCCUCUCGGCACAUUCACCUGCGUCACCGGUGUCUCAGGUGGUGGCAAGUCGACAUUCCUGAUCGACACGCUCUACAAGGCUGCCGCCCGCCGUCUGAAUGGCGCCAGAGACAAUCCUGCCCCGCAUGAUCGUAUUGAGGGGUUGGAAGUCCUGGAUAAGGUAAUCGAUAUCGAUCAGUCGCCCAUCGGGCGCACACCGCGCUCCAAUCCGGCAACCUAUACCGGUGCCUUUACACCGAUCAGAGAGUGGUUUGCCGGCAUGCCGGAGGCCAAGGCUCGAGGCUAUCAGCCUGGGCGUUUUUCCUUCAACGUCAAGGGUGGACGUUGCGAAGCCUGCCAGGGUGACGGUGUCAUCAAGAUCGAAAUGCACUUCCUGCCGGACGUUUAUGUGACCUGCGACGUGUGCAAGGGCAAACGCUAUAACCGGGAGACCCUGGAAGUCGAAUUCAAGGGAAAAUCCAUUGCGGGCGUUCUCGACAUGACCGUUGAGGAAGCCGCAGAAUUCUUCGCAGCGGUUCCUGCUGUUCGUGACAAGAUGAAAACGCUCGCGCGUGUCGGGCUCGGCUAUAUCAAGGUCGGUCAGCAGGCGACGACACUCUCCGGUGGCGAAGCUCAGCGUGUGAAGCUUGCCAAGGAACUGUCCAAACGGUCGACCGGGCGCACGCUAUACAUACUCGACGAACCGACGACGGGUCUUCAUUUUCAUGAUGUCGCCAAACUUCUCGACGUUCUUCACGAACUUGUCGAUCAGGGGAAUUCGGUGCUGGUCAUCGAGCACAAUCUCGAAGUCAUCAAGACCGCAGACUGGAUAAUCGAUCUUGGUCCGGAAGGCGGUGAUGGUGGCGGUGCCGUGGUCGCGACGGGUCGUCCGGAGGACGUGGCAGAGGUUCAGGCAAGUUACACAGGACAGUUCUUGAGCGAACUUUUGCAGCGCAGGCCGCAAAGAGCAUCCGAUGCUGCGGAAUAG